AUGCAGAAAGAGAUAAACGUGUUCAUUUUGCUUGGUUUGUUGCUUCCUGUCACAGAAUGUGACUGGUACGCGAAACUUCCCAACACCGAAGAGUUGUACUUUGAAUCCCAGUCGACGAAAAAAGACAUCAAGUUCUUUCAAGAAGAGCGGUUUGGACGGGACUUAAACAAGAAAACAACAGUGUGCUCGAAAAAGCUACUGGAUUUAAAGAAAACUUUCAUCCGCAUAAAGUUUCUUAGUCAGAGCACGGUUUUUCUGGCAAAUGUACAUGCGAAGUUGAACACCGGACAUUUGCUUAAAAACUGGAAAAAACCAGCACCUGUCCAUCUGGUCGGUUUUACGCAAAUGGGAACCUCAGUCAUUUGGCAGGUGUCCAGUAAGUUCGUCAGUCGCCCUGUUGACCUUCAUUUUCUGCAGUAG